AUGAGUGCUGCCUUUGCAAGGAGUGCUGCCUUCGCACGGAGUGCAGCCUUCGCAUGGAGUGCUGCUUUUGCUCAGAGUGCUGCCUUCGCAAGGAGUGCAGCCAUCACAAGGAGUGCUGCCUUCGCAAGGAGUGCAGCCAUCACAAGGAGUGCUGCCUUCGCAAGGAGUGCUGCCUUCGCAAGGAGCGCUGCCUUUGCACAGAGUGCUGCCUUUGCAGGGAGUGCUGCCUUUGCACAAAGUGCUGCCUGCGCAAGGAGUGCUGCCUUUGCAUGGACUGUUGCCUUCGCAAGGAGUGCUGCCUUUGCAACGAUUGCUGCCUUCGCAAGGAGUGCUGCCUUUGCUAGGCGUGCUGCCUUCGCUAGGAGUGCUGCCUUCGCAGGGAGUGCUGCCUUCGCUAGGAGUGCUGCCCUCGCAAGGAGGGCUGCCUUCGCAAGGAGUGCUGCCUUCGCUAGCAGUGUUGCCUUCGCAAGGAGUGCUGCGUUCAGAAGGAGUGGUGCCUCCGCAAGGAGUGCUGCCUUCGCAAGGAGUGCAGCCUUUGCAAGGAGUACUGCCUUCGCAAGGAGUGCUGCCUUCUCUAGGAGUGCUCCCCUCGCAAGGAGGGCUACCUUCGAGAGGAGGGCUGCCUUCGCAGGGAAUGCUGCCUUCGCAAGGGGUAAUGCCUUCGCAAGUAGUGCUGCAUUCUCAGGGAGUACUGCCUUUGCAACGAGAGCUGCCUUCGCAAGGAGUGCUGCUUUCGCAAGGAGUGCUGCUUUCGCUCGGAGUGCAGCCUUCGCACAUAGUGCUGUCUUCACACGGAGUGCUUCCUUUGACAGUAUGCUGCCUUCGCAAGGAGGGCUGCCUUCGCAGGGAGUGCUGCCUACGCAGGGAGUGCUGCCUUCGCAAGGAGUGCUGCCUUCGCGAGGAGUGCUGCCUUCGCAAGGAGUGCUGCCUUCACAAGGAGUGCUGCCUUCGCAAGGAGUGCUGCCUUCGCAAUGA